AGGUAGGCGAGCAGAUGCUCUGUUAACACAGGAUAACCCGCUGUCAAUUUUCCAACAACCUGUGGGAGGCCAGAUAAAAUGCAAAGCUUUUGAUUGAAAUUAUGCUAGUCGCAAUAAGUUCUUCACAAUGAAGUUAAUUCAAACAAUUGCAAUACUGAUGCUGCUAGCGAUAGCGAUCCACAUCCAGCGAAUACGUGGCGAUAUGGCUAAAAUGUCGAAGAAAUCGCAUGUGGAGGAUUUCGAGGGAGCAACUGCAUUAUUCGAGGCAUUAACAUCCUCACCAAACGAUGGAUACACAUAUGAAUGGCGGGUGCAUACCUUUACAAUCAAUAGCAAUGACAUAAAGGACGUGGAAGAGGAGGAGGAGCAGGAAGUGUCAAUGAAUUGUACGGUGUUAUAUUUGGACGAGUGCACAUCUUGGAAUAAGUGUCGACAAACCUGCGAGAAGACAGGUGCAGCCAGCUACAGAUGGUUCCACGACGGCUGCUGCGAGUGCGUUGGCGGCCACUGUUUGGGCUACGGUAUUAAUGAAAGCCGUUGUAGUCAGUGUCCAGAACCAAGCUGCGAUAGCGACGAUUAAAACUAGAUUAAUAUAAAUCGAAAUAUUAUUAGAUUUAAGUUUAUUGUUAUAGGAAAGAAGUUCAAAUAAAAUGGGGGUUCAAAUGAA